AUGGAGUCGAUCGAGACAGAGCUUACCAAGCUGCGAAAAGAUUCGAACUUAAGGAAAAGUAUUGAAGAUGUCGAUAUCAUAAUUCAGCAACUUGAAAAAGCUCGAUCUACCAUUUUAAACGACCCUAACUCUGCAGCUAUAACUCUUGCCACUCUUCAGAAUCCUUUAAAGCACGGAUUUGAUAAAGUGAACGAAGACUUGAAUCGGGUACAUAAAGCGAAUACUAAAUAUGGGAAAGCUCUCGACAAAAACUUUCCCGUCAGAGCUCUUCCGGAAGGUCUUGAUGCUCUUGGCUCUCAAAGUAACCUAAUAAAUCGAGCUAUAGCGAUGCACUUUAUUCGGGAAGGACAGUUCUCAACGGCGCAGAUAUUCUUAUCCGAAUCUAAAACUUCACCCCGGAUACCAUCAGACAAAAUCAAUAAUAGUUCCGAAGAGCUUAAGGCAGAAGAUAUCCAGCGAGAAUUUUUGAAAAUGUACUCCAUACUCGAAGAACUCAAACGGCAUAACAUCCAUCCGGCUAUAUCUUGGGCAAGGAAGAACAGCACCCAGCUUGAACAACUUGGCUCUAACAUCGAGUUCGAGUUAAGCAAACUUCAAUAUCUGUGGCUAUUUUAUGGUCCAAAUGUCAAUGGGUUGCCAGAUGAUCAAAACAAUGGUUUGAUGGGGGCUUUUAAAUAUGCUAGAGAGAAUUUUCCCGCACAUAUGGCUAGGUUUCCAAGGGAAAUAGAGCAGCUAAUCACUGCCUUACUAUACAAAACUAACAUAGGAGAGUCUCCAUAUAGUCAUCUCCUUAACAUAGAAUUCGCUUGGGAUAUGAUAUUUUCAUCAUUUACAAAGGACUUCUGCUCCCUACUCGGCCUUUCUCCUUCGUCUCCUCUAUAUGUUGCAUGUACGGCUGGAGCGAUUGCUCUCCCCACGCUUUUAAAGCUUGCUGAAAUUGUACGUGAGAAAAAGACAGAGUGGACAACUCAAAGCGAACUGCCUGUCGAAAUACCGCUACCAAAAAGCAUGUUUUUUCAUGCCAUAUUUGUCUGUCCAGUGAGCAAGGAACAGACUACUGAAAAGAAUCCACCAAUGGUUAUGCCUUGUGGACAUGUGCUCGCCAAAGAAUCUCUCCAGAGAAUCAGCAAAAAUGGUCGGUUCAAGUGUCCAUACUGCCCGAGUGAGAGCCAGAUGCAGGACGCUAAGGAGAUAACACUUUGA